AUAUUUUAAAAAAAUGGUGAAAAAAAAGACAUCAAAAAAAUUAACUAAAAUAUCACCAAAAAAGAAACUUAAUACUUUAUCCUAUGAUAAUUAUGAAAAAAUUAUGAUUGACAACAAAAUAAGGGUCACCAAAUCAAAAAAAGAUAAAUGGUCAGAUCCUAUUUCUAAUGUAAAUUCGUCAGAGGAUGAUAAAAAAUUAUCAAAAACACAAAGAAUAAACAUUAAAAAAAAAAAGAAAAAAGAUUCCAAGGUCCGCUAUUUAAAUAAUUUAAAAAAUGAUAACUCUACAAUUCCUACAGAGAAGAGAGCUUAUUGUCAAAUAGAUGAAUGCCUUGUAUUGAUUUCAGAUUGUAAUCAGAACAAAGAAAAUCAUAAAUCUUACAAGGCUUCUACUAUCAUUAAUACAAAGAAUAGUUCAGAGAAAGACAAAGAUUAUUCAUCUAUGUAAGUAUACAAAUCACCAAA